AUGCUCAACGUUCUGGAUUUCUCCUGCCCGGAUCCUCUUUAUUCCAAGUACGAGGAGAGCUGCGAGCUGAAAACCGGAGAUCUGCAGGGUCUGGGGCAGCCUGAGCAGCAACUUCUGGCAGAGGCCGAUUUUCUGGGAGGAGAGCUACUGGGCACCCCGAUGAGCAGUGGGGUGCUGGAUUACCCCCUCCUGGGCACCCAGCCCUCCCCUUCCCUCAGCUACACCGGCAGCUUCUUCAUCAAGGCGGUCCCAGAGCAUCCCCAGGACCAAGAAUCUCUCUUCAACCUGAUGUCAGGAAUUCUGGGCAUCUCCCCUUUCACCUCCUCUUCUUCUUCCUCCUCCGAAGGCCACCAAAGGCACCUGGAUGCUCUUUACCCCUGCCCCGAGGUGGCUCAGAACCAACUGGACCUUUACGCCGCCUGCCAGCCCGAGAUGAACGGAACCACCCCGGCUCCUUUCCCUGAGCAGGGCUACAGCUCCUUCCCUACACCCGAGGGGGUUCAGCCUCUCCCAGCACAACCCACCCUGGGAAACACCACCUCCCACUGCUUCUUCCAGCCCAAGCUCCUGGACAACAAGCAGGACAUCAAGCUGCCUUCUGCUUCCCCACCCUUGGACAAGUUUAAAGCCUCCUGUGCCCAGUGGGAGCCCAUCACCCAGCAUCAGGCCUACUUGCCCUCCGGCUACCCUUCUCCUGAAGAUUUCCCAGCUGGGGAAGGCAGCCAGGGGCUGUUCCAUCCUCCGGGCUCCAAGAUGGAGAACAUCUUGUCCAUCAGCUGCCAGUCAGAGCUGGGAGGCCUGCCAGAGGACACCCCCUGCUUCAGCACCCAGCUGGGCUACCCCUGUGAGCCCGAGAACUUCCAAGCCCGAGGGGACUUUGCUGACACCAAGCUCCACAACCUCCCCCCUCCUCCUCCCUUAAUGCCAGAGUUUGACACCUCCUUGGCCCAACCCGAAGUCCUGCCGGGCCUCCUGAGCUCUGCUGAGCUCCUCCAUCCUCACCCCUCGCCCUCCAUCCCCCCCACGGACUUUUUGGGCCACCCUUCCUCUUCCUCCCUCCCUUCCCUGCUGCCCCCCAACCCCCCCACGACCACGGCAGAGCCCAAGAAGAAGCCACGGAGGACCAAGUGCUCUUCCAAAUGCUUCUGCCCCAAACCCCACGAGAAAGCUUUCUCCUGCCCCGUGGAAAACUGCAUCCGGAGCUUCGCCCGCUCGGAUGAGCUCAACAGGCACCUCCGGAUCCACACGGGACACAAACCCUUCCAGUGCAGGAUCUGCUUGAGGAAUUUCAGCCGCAGUGACCACCUCACCACCCACAUCAGGACCCACACGGGGGAGAAACCUUUCUCCUGUGACACCUGCGGCCGCCGCUUCGCCCGCUCCGACGAGAAGAAGAGGCACAGCAAGGUCCACCUGAAGCAGAAAGCAAGGACGGAGGAGAAACUCAAGGGCUUGGGGUUCUUCUCCGUGGGUCUGUCCUUUGGGACACUCUGA